ACUUACCGUUUCCCGCCAUAACGUUUUGUAAUAUGAAUCCAAUGAAACAGGAGUACAUUGAUAAUUUCACUAAUAUAAGUGAAUUAAAUCUGUAUACACAACAGGCCAUUUAUUCUGCGAUAUUUUCAAAUGAACCAGAAGAAGAAUUGUACAAUAAUACUAAAGAUAAAUUUGAUGAUUGGAAAACAAGAUUUUUGACAGAAUUUGAAAAAUUAACCGAUGAGGAAAGAUUAAAGGCCGGACAUCAGAAAGAAGACUUCAUUCACAGUGCAUCAUUCUCUGGUUUCAAGUUACCCAGAAGCAAAUUUCGAACAAUCCAGUCUCGAAUGUUCGGCAAUUGUUUCACACUUGACGAUGAUGAAGUUGUUGCUCGUGGAAGCGGUCGUAAAAAUAGCUUAUAUAUAGUUCUUAAUAUAGAAACAGAAGAAUAUCUCGAACAAUUCACAUCCUCGUAUGGAAUUCGCAUGGUGAUACAUGAAAAAGGUACAUACCCUUUGCCUGAGAAAGAAGGAAUAACACUUGGCUUUAAGACAGAAACACAUGUGGGUUUGCGUGUGACAACAAUGGACAGGCUUGGUGGUAAAUACGGUAAGUGUACGGACGGUUUAGAAUUUCGUGCGAAAUACAAGAUGAACUACACUAUACCUUUAUGCUACUCGUUAUGUGAAAUGGAACAUACAAUAAAAUACUGCAAAUGUCGCUUACGGUCCUCAUUAGGCGCGGUAAAUCCAGCAGACGAGAGAUAUUGUGACUUUGACGAUGAUGAAGAGUGCUUUGAAAAUGUUACGCAGCAGAUUCUUAAUAAAAACAUACGUUGUGACUGUUUUAGCCGUUGUGAACAAGUAGUUUACUCAUCAACCGUUUCAAGUAGUUCAUGGCCACAUAAGCACUAUCUCCGAAAUGUUCUGUUAACAGAUAUUUGUAAAAGAAAACCGGAAAGUUUGGAACAUAUAGGGGACCCGUCACGACCUGUGUGUGACAAGAUCACAGUGCAUUUUGAAGGAAUGACAGAUGCAGAAGAGGACGCAAUAUCAAGAAAUUUUCUGGCCGUGUACAUUUACUUCCAAGACCUGACGUACGAAGUGAUCUCUGAACAAGCCCUGUACAACACGGAAAGGUUUUUGUCUGAUAUUGGUGGCGCCAUGGGACUUUUUGUUGGAGCCUCUGUACUUACAUGUGUUGAAAUUUUACAAGUGUGUCUGGAAAUUUUGCUUUGGUUCCGGCGUCGAAGACAGACUGAUAACUACGAAUAAAUACAAUACUGAUUAUUUCUUCAGUUGGUUGCCCUAGGUCAGCAUAUAGCAUGCCUGCAUUGUUUUCAACGCAUUGUGCAGUGUUUUGUGCAGAAACGUAGUAUGUUUAGAUGUUUGUCCUGUCUGUUGUGUAUACUAGUAAUUUUUAGAAUUACUCGAAGGCUUGGGCCUGGCGUACAAAAAUAUUAUGUACUUAAUAAUUAUUUCAUAUUACUAGUUUAAUUAUGAAGGUAUUUAAAUGUGUUUCUAAAAAUGUAAUUGCGGUUUCAGUAACAUAAAUGUCUAUUCGAUUCCAAUUCCAUUGCUGCUAUCUAAUAGACAUAAACAAAACGUUUAUUAAAGUGUAUAAAACUAUAUAUUUGCUUCUGUGUAUUGUAAAACUGUUGUAUAUAUUUUGAUAAAAAAGGAUGUAUGUAUAUUUUGUUUUAAAUAUCUCAUAAGAUAAAGCUUCAUGACCUUUAGGGAUACUUUGUUAUAGAUUAUUAGAUUAGUGUGCUUUCUCUUGUCAUAUUUCAAGUAUAUAGUUUCAAUUACUUUUGUUUAAUAGAGAUCGCAAUGAGGAGAAGGAAACUUAAUAAAUGAUAAUAUAUUACAUAUUAUCCUUACAAGAUUGUUCUCGAUGAAAGUGUAGCAUGCUUUUGUUUCAUUGUGUAUUUCUGUGCUAUAGUAGAAUUCUACUUAUGGACUCGCAACAUUAGGCUCUUUCAUGGAAAUAUAUAAUUAUUCGUUCAUGCAUUCCAGAAACUGAUUUCCUUUUUAACACAUUAUGCAAACGUUGAAUUAUUUUAUUCCUGAUUAAAACAUUUCAACCGUCUUCUUUAAUUAAAAUAUAGAUGUGCAAUUUAGGCUGUAUAACGGAAAUCAUGAAAUGGUAACAUAUGCUAAGGAUACUUUUAGAGAAAGAAUCAUUUCUUAUCAUGAUGAAAUGAGCCAUCUGGAUAUAUUGAAUAUAAUUCUUAUGUUUUAAGCGUUUUAAUAUAGUUUUAACACUCAUAUAAUUCAAAGAAAUGAAUGACUUAGAUAUAAAAAGAAAUAUUUUCAUUGAUUUGGAAAUUUCCUUUUAUAAAAAUUGUCGUCAUGAAAUCUGUUUAUCUACUUAUUACGCUUAUCAUUAUGCUUCACUUAGAUAGUUUGCAAUCAAUUUGAUAUGUUCUAUGUGUUUGAAACAUUUUAAUACAUAAUUUUUAACAUCAAAC